UCCAUUCUCUUUAUAUUUCUUAGAUUCGUUCCGUCUCUUCUUCUUCUUCUUCUUCAAUAGCUUUUAAUUCAUCUUCAGACAUAGAUGGGAACUAUAGAGCGCUUCCAAUCCGGUUUCGAGCUCUUCAAGAAGGAGGUCUAUGAAAAGAAGCCUGAUCUGUUUGGUCCACUCAAGGAGAGCCAAAGCCCCAAGUACCUUGUUUUCGCAUGCUCUGACUCCCGCGUGUGCCCAUCGGUGGUGCUCAACUUUCAACCCGGUGAGGCCUUCACAAUCCGCAACAUCGCCAACACAGUCCCUCCCUAUGACCCAGUGAAGUAUGGAGGAAUUGGGGCAGCCAUUGAAUAUCCUGUGGUCUAUCUCAAGGUGGAGAACAUAAUAGUGAUCGGUCACAGUCGGUGCGGUGGAAUCAAGGCACUCUUGGCCACCAAGGAUGAUGGCUCCACCAGCACUGACUUCAUUGAGGAUUGGAUGAAGAUUAGUCUGCCGGCAAAGAAGAAGGUGGAGGAGGAGCAUGCCGCCCUGCCACUUGAAGAGAAGCUGGCGAUUGCAGAGAAGGAGGCAGUGAACUCGUCCCUAGCUAACCUCAAGACGUAUCCCUUUGUGACAGAGGGUAUAGAAAAGGGAAACUUAAAGUUGUUUGGUGCACACUAUGAUUUCGUUGAUGGCAAAUUUGAGAUAUGGGAGGCCUAAUCUCGUCCUUGGUUUCUCAUGAUGAAAGCCUGAUAGUGUAACUAUGUUACCUUAGUGAACCAGAUUGUGGCAUCUAUAGACUACGCUGUUUGAUUUGAUCCUUAUAUGUACAACAGUUGCAUAAUUCAGCCAAAUGCAGGUUCUUAUUCUUUCAAAUA